CGCUGCCGCAAGCCGCACCGACAGCGAGUGACGGCCAGCGCAGGUCGGCCCAUCGCUGCUCCCAGCCUCCAUUCCUCGCGCGCACCCCUCUCGCCUGCGCACCCACACCACACACUCUCGCUCACACACUCUCACACACCACACGCGCUCCCUGCGCAUCCUCCUCGCACCGUGCUGCGUCUGCCACCGAGCUCGCACGCGGCAGCCCGGCGAAACACCACCUCGGACUGCGCCUAGAGGGCUGCGCGCUCCUCUCUUCGCGCCCCUCGCGCCCCCUGCGCGCCAUGAUGCCCGCAGCCGCCGCCUUCGUCGCGGCGGCCUCGAGCUGCGACGCUGCGUCUGGCGCCUCAGCGGCGGUCGCCAGCACGUCGUACUUGCCGGCGCAGCGUCGCGCCCCCUCGGCGCGCGCAGCGUCGGCCUCGCCCCCGCCGCCACCGCAGCCGCGCGCCGCAGACUGCAGUGCCGCCGCACGGCCACGCCGGCGACGGAGGCAAGGCCUCGUUGCUACUCUGCCGGCUGCUCUGCUCGUCGCGUCCGUCCUCGUCGUCGGACCGCUCUCGCUGCUGCCGCGCGCCGCAGCCGUGCCGGCGCCGCGGGGCGGGCUGCAGGCGCUGUCCGGCGCCGCCACUGCCGCACCCGCGCAGGCACACGGCGCCGCCGACCAGAUGAUGUGGCACGCUGCGUUCUCUGGUGCGGACAGCACAUCACCGAGAGAUGUGCUGCGAGAGCCGCCCGACCGCGGCAGGGCUGCUUUGGCGGAUGGGACGGGCGGUCACGCCGACGCGCUGCUCUACCACAAUGGAGCACAGGUCGUCAUGGAGGGCGGACGGCGCAUUGUCUCUCUCGAUGGCGAUGCGUGGCCAUUGGCGAAGGGCGAUGCGCCAACAGCGCCUCCUCGUGCGUCUCGGCCCGACGUGUAUGCCGGUGAGCAGUCUCCGCCGCCGACGCGCACGAUCCAGCGACGUGCACUCUUCGCCACGUCGUCCAACGGGCGCGCCUACGUGCCGUCUGCGUUCCCGUCGCAGCUGGCGUCGAGCUGGCAGCCGGUAGACCGGUCGGUAUGGUUCCAGAAGAAGGCCGUCAUCAUCACGUCGAUCUUUCUCGCCAUCUUCAUCGUGCUGUGCAUUGGCGCCGCCGUCUUCCUGCGCGACCGCGCCGACGACGACGAGGACCUGUACGACGAAGACCUGGACGCAGACGACAUGGCUAUCGAGCGCAUGCGCGAGGAGCGUCUCAUGCGCAGCGCUGGCCGCGGGCCGCAAGAUGGCGGCGAGGGUCUGAGCGAGGAGAAGCGCGGCUGGCGCCGACGGCGCAAGGCGGCAAAGACGGACCGGUCACACAAGCUGGAGAAGGAGGAGAGCUUCGGCAGCAAGGACCGCGCCUCGGGCAACAGCUCGGCCAUGCGUCACGGCCGCACCGUGGCACGUUGGGUGCGUGCGCCUGUGCAGCGCCUCGGCGCCGGUCGGCGACGCAGCGACACGACGACGGAAGGCGCAGAGGCCGACGAUGAGCACGAUGCACGCUCGGUCAACACCGGCGGUGCAGCGCGUCGUCGCACCCGCAGCGGCGUCUACCCGCGUCUCGGCGAUGGCGAGGAGCGCGUCGAGGUGCAGUACGAUGACGCCUCACCGACUACGGAGCAGAGCCCACCGUUGGAAGCCUCUGCAGCAGACUCGCGACCGUCGAUGCCCGACGCUGUCGCUUCGACGGACUCUGGGAUCACGAGCGGAACCGCUGUCACGGCGGACCGUUUGUCUGCUCAGCCAGCCGCCUCGCGGGCACUCGACGACUCGGACUUCGACGCGGCAGAGGCGGCCGAGGCUGGUGCACUCGAGGGCCUGCCACCGGCUUACAUCCCUGGUCGCUCGAGCGUCUCUGGUCCGUCGGGCGCUGCUGCGCGACCGCUUGCUGGCUCGGAGGCUCCGCCGCCACCCAUGCUCGAUCCGGCGCUUGCGGGCCGUGGUGCCGUGCCAGAUGCCAAGCGUGCCGACGGCGCCAUGGUCUCGACGGUGCCCGGCUCAUCUCAACGGCCAGACGCCGAGAUCAUUGGUGCGCUGCUCGACGCCGACGCUGAUCCCUUCGCCGCCUCGUCUGGCAGCCGCACGUUGUCGGACACGCGCACGCCUGCUCAGCGCUACGCCGCGCACGUUGCGACGGACGACAAGACGCUCUUGUCGGCCAUGCGUGCUGCAGCUUCUGCACCUGCCCCGUCGGCUCCGGGCUACGCUGGCUCUGCGGCUGGCACGAGUGGCGAUGCGCAGCUCGAUGCGGGUCCGUCUGCGCCUUCGCUCGAGGGUGUGCUGGGCUCGACGGAAGCGACCGAGAAUGACUUUGGUCCUUCGCUGCCAGCGUCCGAAUAUCGCGACGUGCCGCGCGAGAAGGGCAAGGGCAGUCAACUGCCGCCACCUCCAGCACGUGCCUCACCGACACCGGCGCCUUUCUCGCGCUUCGACGAGCCGUAUGCGCGCAGCGAGUGGGCACCGAGCGCCAUGCGCGUGCUGGACUCGCCCAGUGCACCGCUCUUCGAGCGCACCGCCACCGACGGCAGCGUCGUCAGCGCCACUGCUCCCCUGCUUUCGGGUCACGAGGUGCCCUCAGCUCCGCCAAGCCAGACCGCGGCAGCCCCGGCGCCCGAUGCAGGCGCGGCACGCCGAGCGGAAAAGAGACGCGAGGCAGAGGCUGAAGCGGCAUUGGUCGCCAGCAGCCCGGCCGACUUUGCUCAGGCUCUGCCGGCCUACGAGCGCGGAGAGCAGCGGCGAGCCUCGACUUCGACGGCCGUGCUUGCGCCGCUCACGCCGGCAACGGCCUCGGCGCCGGAUGCGCAACUGCUCGAGGAAGAAGAGGCGAGGCAUGCGCAGAACCUCCGCGGCGCAUCGCACUCGGAUGGACCGUCCGCCGAGGCAGCAAAUGCUCCUGUGCCAACCGUCGCCACCGCUCCCGCACCUUCGGCGCCUCCCGCACCGUCUGCACCUCCGCUCGACUUCGACUCCUGAUCUUCCAGUCCCCUCCUCACGUCGUCUUCUACGCACUUCUCUCUCUCUCUCUCUCUCACGUGUUCCUUCCUUGUUCUCCGCGCCGCUGCGUCCACUCUCACUCCAGCAUACUUCCCUCCUCUCUCUCACGCCCGACUCGGCUCCACCUCUUCCUCACCCACAUCUGUACUUCUACCACUGCACGCUGCUUGUUCGUCCGACAGGCUCUACUCGUCACCCCCUCCUCUUUCCUCUCUGUGCUCACCAUACGCCGCCGCCGCUCCCGCUAGAGCAAUCGCAUCUGGGCACCGAGCUGCCUUUACCUGUG